UCAAUCCUCAACUGGCCCUAUAGAUAUGUGAGUGAGGUGACAGAGCGGAUCAAGGUGAAUUCUUCCAGUGCAGCUUCAUCCUCUCACAAUAAGGAGGAAGGAGGGGACGCCCAGUUUGUGCAGUUCUUUCCUAAUUUUGUGUGGGGCACCAAAGAUUUCACUCUACUACUUGAGAUCGAUGGCAGAAACGUCACUGAAGAUGGGUAUCUGGAGCAUUCCUGGAUCUCAGAAAAGGUGACAUUAGCACUAGCCACCACUCCAAUGAUCAACUGUGCACAAUGUCUCUCCAUAGAAUAGUGCACCAUGAACAGUUAUACAGUUGGAAUAAACAUUAUCUCACAAAGAACAUAGGGGUUGAAAAACAAGAUGAUUGAUAUUGGCUCUGACUGUGUCUAAAUGACCUAUUAUUAAAUAAUUCCUAUGAAAAUGUAUUGUCGGAUUACACUCAUAAUCAAACAGACUAAUAAAGUUAAUGACAUUAUUUUAUCCGGUUUGUUUUUUGGUCAUAAAGUAUUCUACAUUAUGUUAAUUGAAGCAUAUCUCUUGAUAUGCUUGUCUGUUAAUGAUUGUGUGUUUGGAUGGUGAACUUUAAGGGCCUGCCUCCCAGCCACAGAUUAGGCCUCCCAGACGAGAUUCUCCAUUGAACACACUUUUUUGUCCAGCCCAGUACAAGUCCUAAUCUGUAUCUGGGAAACCAGCCCUAAAAAUUGUGUAAUGUCAACUGUAAUGGUGAAUGCUGACUAUCAUUCAGGUGGGGGUAGAAAGAACCUGAUGUACAACCUCCCACGAGAGUGCAUCCGGAACUACUUCCCCUCGCGCAAGUGCUUUGUAUUCCCCACCCCUACAACUCCUGCCAACAUGCCCCGCCUGGAUUCCAUGGAUGAGGUUGACCUCUGUGGAAGCUUCCGAACGGUUGCAGAUACUUUCUGCCGUUUCAUUUCCCAGGAGAACUGUACAAAAACUGUGAAAGGGGGCCACAAAGUUACCGGAAGAAGUAAGUCAAAUAUCUGCAGAUUCUGCACAGAUGCAUUGAAUGUAGCCUAUGUUAUUGUCCCACCAAAUGUGUACACUUAUAUUUUUCUUCCCGCCUCUAACUGAUUGCAGUGCUUGGCCACUUGGUUAACACCUAUGUGGAGACCAUAGCCAAAGGCUCUGUGCCCUGUCUAGAGAAUGCAGUGCUGGCCAUGGCUCAAAUUGAGAACCAGGCUGCUGUGGAUGAGGGCCUGGCGGUGUUCCAGAGGGGCAUGGAGGUGGUAAAGGCCUUAUUCCCAGUGGACAUGGGUCAGAUUUCAACUCAUCACCUCUGCUCAGACCACCAGGCCAUACAGGCGUUCAUGAACCGAUCUUUCAAAGACAAAAAUUUGGAUUUCUUGAAAGCGUUAGCGGUAAGCGUCAUCAUUUGAGAUCUGUGCCUGGGACAAACACUGACCUAGUUUCCCUAAAAAAGUCUCAACUCUUACAGGUGGCCAUUGCAAAGCACUACGCUGACCUUCUCAUCCAGAACGAGGAUGCCUCAGAGAAGAAGUGUGCGGCCCUUCUGGAGAAACGGUCUACUCCGAUGGCCCAGAAGAUUAAGGAGGGGAUUUACGCCACACCUGGAGGAUAUGAGCUUUACUGCAAUCACCAUGACAACAUGGUGGCACAGUACCGGGCCGAGCCCAAAAAAGGAGUUGGGGUAAGAGCUUCGAACUGAAUCCUUGCUAGGGCUGAAACAUACAUCAAAAAAUCCAUAUUGAACACUGGAGCUGUUCUCAUCUUUCAGGCCGAUCCACUCAGUUUCAAUGUCGUAGAUUACUUGCUGUUCUUUCUAUCAACCUCUAAUGUUACUGUUAUGUUAUGAUUUACAGUAGCUUCCAUUAUGUAUGUUUAGGCAUUCUACAACAUCAUACCAGAAACAUCAAACAAUGAUAAAACAUGUAGCCUUUGGGGGUGUUUUCUGCAGGCUGGGGAUAUUCUGGAGCAAUUCCUGAGGGAGAAGAGUCUAGAGAAGAGUUCCAUUCUGCAAGCUGACAAAAAACUGACCGAAAAUGAGAAAAAGAUCCACAGUAAGUCCAAAAUAUAGCAAGGGAUGUUAUUUUCCGGUUGAAUUCAGGUUUUUGGUUGGAGUGACUUCUCACAAUAAAUUGGUGAUAAUCUUGCACAUGCACUAAGUCAACAUAGAUCUGGGAUGUUUGAAAGAGUACGUAUGCGGGCUAAAGUUUAACCUAAAACUUAUGGCCUACUCCAGAACUUGGAAAAGAUCAGGGGCUGUCUGUUGCCUCCAUAUGAGAGAGAACAUGAGUAGUCUAGAAGCUAGAGUAUUUUCCUACCUCAACUCUUCCUUUGGACCUUGCAGAGGAGAAGGAGAGAUCAGCUGUGCUGGAGCAGGAGAAGAAGGCUGCUGAAGAGAAACGGGCGGAGAUGGAUUUACCAUGACUGGGAAUACAGAUAUGCAUCUGUUGGUCACAGAUACCUUAAAAAAAAGGUAGGGGCAUGGAUCAGAAAACCAGUCAGUAUCUUGUGUGACCACCAUUUGCCUGAUGCAGCCUUACACAUCUCCUUUGCAUAGAGUUGAUCAGGCCGUUGAGUGUGGCCUGUGGAAUGUUGUCCCACUCCUCUUCAAUGGCUGUGCGAAGUUGCUGUAUAUUGGCGGGAACUGGAACAAGCUGUCGUACACGUCGAUCCAGAGCAUCCCAAACAUGCUCAAUGGGUGACAUGUCUGGUGAGUAGGACCACCAUUUGCCUGAUGCAGCCUUACACAUCUCCUUUGCAUAGAGUUGAUCAGGCCGUUGAGUGUGGCCUGUGGAAUGUUGUCCCACUCCUCUUCAAUGGCUGUGCAAAGUUGCUGUAUAUUGGCGGGAACUGGAACAAGCUGUCGUACACGUCGAUCCAGAGCAUCCCAAACAUGCUCAAUGGGUGACAUGUCUGGUGAGUACGCAGGCCAUGGAAGAACAGGGACAUUUUCAGCUUCCAAGAAAUGUGUACAGAUCCUUGCGACAUGGGGUCGUGCAUUAUCAUGCUGAAACAUGAGGUGAUGGCGGCGGAUUAAUGGCACGAAAAUGGUCCUCAGGAUCUCGUAACAGGAUCUCUGUGCAUUCAAAUUGUCAGUAGCUUAUGCCGGCCCAUACCAUAACCCCACCGCCACCAUGGGGCACUCUGUUCACAACGUUGACAUCAGCAAACUGCUCGCCGACACGACACCAUACAUGCUGUCUCCCUGUACAGUUGAAACUGGGAUUCAUCCGUGAAGAGCACACUUCUCCAGCGUGCCAGUGGCCAUCGAAGGUGAACAUUUGCUCACUGAAGUAGGUUACGACGCCAAACUGGAGUCAGGUCAAGACCCUGUUGAGGACGACGAGCACGCAGAUGAGCUUCCCUGAGACAGUUUGUGAAGAAAUUAUUCUGUUGUGCAAACCCACAGUUUCAUCAGCUGUCUGGGUGGCUGGUCUUAGACGAUCCCGCAGGUGAAGAAGCCAGAUGUGGAGGUCCUGGGCUGGUAUGGUUACACGUGGUCUGCAGUGUUGAGGCCAAUUAGACGUACUGCCAAAUUCUCUAAAACGACGUUUGAGGCGGCUUAUGGUAGAGAAAUUAACAUUUAGUUACAGUGGGAAGAACAAGUAUUUGAUACACUGCCGAUUUUGCAGGUUUUGCUACUUACAAAGCAUGUAGAGGUCUGUCAUUUUUAUCAUAGGUACACUUCAACUGUGAGAGACGGAAUUUAAAACAAAAAUCCAGAAAAUCACAUUGUAUGAUUUUUAAGUAAUUAAUUUGCAUUUUAUUGCAUGACAUAAGUAUUUGAUCACCUACCAACCAGUAAGAAUUCCAGCUCUCACAGACCUGUUAGUUUUUCUUUAAGAAGCCCUCCUGUUCUCCACUCAUUACCUGUAUUAACUGCACCUGUUUGAACUCAUUACCUGUAUAAAAGACACCUGUCCACACACUCAAUCAAACAGACUCCAACCUCUCCACAAUGGCCAAGACCAGAGAGCUGUGUAAGGACACCAGGGAUAAAAUUGUAGACCUGCACAAGGCUGGGAUGUGCUACAGGACAAUAGGCAAGCAGCUUGGUGAGAAGGCAACAACUGUUGGCGCAAUUAUUAGAAAAUGGAAGAAGUUCAAGAUGACGGUCAAUCACCCUCGGUCUGGGGCUCCAUGCAAUAUCUCACCUCGUGGGGCAUCAAUGAUCAUGAGGAAGGUGAGGGAUCAGCCCAGAACUACACGGCAGGACCUGGUCAAUGACCUGAAGAGAGCUGGGACCACAGUCUCAAAGAAAACCAUUAGUAACACAUUACGCCGUCAUGGAUUAAAAUCCUGCAGCGCACGCAAGGUCCCCCUGCUCAAGCCAGCGCAUGUCCAGGCCUUCUGAAGUUUGCCAAUGACCACCUGGAUGAUCCAGAGGAGGAAUGGGAGAAGGUCAUGUGAUCUGAUGAGACAAAAAUAUAGCUUUUUGGUGUAAACUCCACUCGCCGUGUUUGAAGGAAGAAGAAGGAUGAGUACAACCCCAAGAACACAAUCCCAACCUUGAAGCAUGGAGUUAGAAACAUCAUUCUUUGGGGAUGCUUUUCUGUAAAGGGGACAGGAAGACUGAACUGUAUUGAGGGGAGGAUGGAUGGGGCCAUGUAUCGUGAGAUCUUGGCCAACAACCUCCUUCCCUCAGUAAGAGCAUUGAAGAUGGGUCGUGGCUGGUCUUCCAGCAUGACAACGACCUGAAACACACAGCCAGGGCAAUUAAGGAGUGGCUCCGUAAGAAGCAUCUCAAGGUCCUGGAGUGGCCUAGCCAGUCUCCAGAUCUGAACCCAAUAGAAAAUCUUUGGAGGGAGCUGAAAGUCCGUAUUGCCCAUUGACAGCCCCGAAACCUGAAGGAUCUGGAGAAGGUCUGUAUGGAGGAGUGGGCCAAAAUCCCUGCUGCAGUGUGUGCAAACCUGGUCAAGACCUACAGGAAACGUAUGAUCUCUGUAAUUGCAAACAAAGGUUUAUGUACCAAAUAUUAAGUUCUGCUUUUCUGAUGUAUCAAAUACUUAUGUCAUGCAAUAAAAUGCAAAUUAAUUACUUAAAAAUCAUACAAUGUGAUUUUCUGGAUUUUUGUUUUAGAUUCCAUCUCUCACAGUUGAAGUUUACCUAUGAUAAAAAUUACAGACCUCUACAUACUUUGUAAGUAGGAAAACCUGCAAAAUCGGCAGUGUAUCAAAUACUUGUUCUCCCCACUGUAUCUGGCAACAGCUCUGGUGGACAUUCCUGCAGUCAGCAUGCCAAUUGCACGCCCCCCUUUAAAACCUGAGACAUCUGUGGCAUUGUGUUGUGUGACAAAACUGCAAAUUUUAGAGUGGCCUUUUAUUGUCCCCUGCACAAGGUGCAUCUCUGUAAUGAUCAGGCUGUUUAAUCAGCUUCUUGAUAUGCCACACCUGUCAGGUGGAUGGACUAUCUUGGCAAAGAAGAAAUGCUCACUAACAGGGAAGUAAACAAAUUUGUGCACACAAUUUUUGAGAGAAAUAAGCUUUUUGUGCGUGUGGAACAUUUCUGGGAUCUUUUAAUUCAGCUCAUGAAAUAUGGGACCAACACUUUACAUGUUGCGUUCAUAUUUUUGAUCAGUAUACUAUUUAUGUCUUAUAUUCUUUGAGAACGUUGUCUAUUGAAGCAAAAUAUAAUUCAUAUGGAUAUUAUUUCAUUUGAAAACAUAACCAAUCUCUGGAGUUGUAUAUAAAAUGCAUAUGAGUUUAUAAAUAAAUACAUUUUUUUGAAUCCACUUUGAAUCUGUUAGUGUUUAUGUAAGUAGUAGUAGUCUGUUACUGACUCGCAUCUGGAAAACCCCAAUUAUGCCUUCAUGGCCUGACGCUCCUCUUUUUGUUAUUUUUGUUAUUUAUUUUAUUGAAUAUUAAAACAUACAAUCUACCUGCAGUGAAGCCACUCACAAUUACAUUCAGUCAUUUAAAUUUUUGUCAUUUAGCAGACACUCUUAUCCAGAGCGACUUACAGUUAGUGAAUAUAUAUAUAAUAUCUAUAUAUAUUUUUUUCAUACUGGUCCCACGUGGGAAUUGAACCCACAACCCUGGCGUUGCAAACGCCAUGCUCUAUCAACUGAGCUACAUCCCUGCCGGCCAUUCCCUCCCCUACCCUGGACAACGCUAGGCCAAUUGUGCGCUGCCCAUGAGUCUCCCGGUCGCGGCCGGCUGCGACAGAGCCUGGAUUCGAACCAGGAUCUCUAGUGGCACAGCUAGCACUGCGAUGCGGUGCCUUAGACCACUGCGCCACUCAGUCAUCUAACAGACUCCCAUCCACAGUGACCCACGAAAUCAACCAGGGUCAACACCCUGCCCAAGAGCACGUCGACAGAUCUCCCACCAAGUCAAAAUGGGGACCCGAACCAGCGACCUAUCGGCCACCGGCCCAAGCUCCCAACCGCCAGGCCAACAACCCUCCAAGAUCCCCCGACAGCUGCCCCCCAAAAAAAAACCUCUCCCUCCAACCCACCAGAGAGCAAUAGAUAGCAAGCUCCAUGAGCAGGAAAAGCUGAUGGCUAAGGGCUUCACAGAGAAAGAGGCAGCCAAGAAGGAGGAGAUACAGAGCCUGAGAGAGAAGGAGGAGGCCAAGCGCGAGGAGAAGGAAGGGCAGUCUUGUAACUUCAGAGCCAUAGCACAGGGUGUCAUAGAGAGUGUCAGCAAUGGCUUAGGUCACUACUUUAACUAUAGGAAAGCCUGUGAGGAACGCAAAGCAGUUGUGUUAAAGGAGCGAGUCAGAUCCACUCUCAAACUCAAAUCAGGUAGGGUUGGCAGUAUCCCUGAUAUGGAGCGCAUGACACUCAAGCAAGACAAGAUGACCACGCCCAAACUCAAAAUGGGAGCAGUUAGCAACUCUAAAGACAAUAAAACUCUGCCCAAAGUCAACACAGGUACAACUGGCAAAAGCCCUGGCUCAGAGUUCUAA